AUUUCAUUAUUUCCAAGUACAAGUGUACGUCAAAAUGUCAACAAAAGUUAAAUGAAUUCAAAUAAUCAAUGAAACAAGCAAGCUAUUAAUUUUUGCGACCAAAACUGAAAUGUUUUAUGAUGUUUUCACCGUGCAGUAAACAUUUGAAACACAUUGCGUUCAAAGUAUCUUCGAUGCAUUUAUGCUUUCGGAUUCGGAGUGUUUCAACCUAUGUGCAAGGGCAAAGUCCUUCAAAAAUGUACGAGAAUACUUUUAUUUUAUCGACCACCAAGGACAGUUAUUUCUACAUGAUGCUAGAAUAAAGAACUUUACAUCCUGCUUUAAAGAAAAUAGGUUUUUGACAUUUUUCUUCAAACGUAUGAAAGCAAAUGAGACAGAAAGAUACACAGAUUUUCCUUACAUAUCACCUUGUGGAAAGGAGAUGAACUACAUCCAGUGCGAUGAUAGACCAGUUGUUUUUACUUCCAUAGUUGAAGAUAAUGGCAAUUCUGGUGAACUACUAACUAUAAAUAAUACUCAAAAUAUCACUGCUUUCUUUGAUCCUACAAAGAUAUGCAUGUUCCCUAAGACGGGCAGAAUAUACCAUCCAGCUGAUGAAAAAUAUGGUGGAGUGGGACUAAUUAAAUCGAGUCUUGCAAUCCAACUCAGUCAAUAUUUUGAAUUUGCAAAUAAUGAAGAUAAUCCACCGACACAUUUCAACUGGAAUGGUAAACUACAUUCUCUUGAUUACUCUUGGAUUAUGAAUUGUUAAAAACAGUUUUUUCAUGGUACCAUUAUAAACACAAAUAUGUUUUGCUUUAUUCUAUAUAUCAUUUAUUUAUGUAUAUAAGUAUGUAUAGUAUUAAUGCUAUAAAAAAUGGAUUAAAGUAUCACACUCUUAA